AUGGGAGAUGCAUCAUCGCCUGCAUCAGACCUAGCCUUGGUCCCUGCGCAUCUUGAGGAGCUUGAUUUUGUGAUCGAAGAGUAUGGCAAUAGGCUUUUCGUUUUUCAGGGCUUUCCUACUCCUCUUUUUGCCGAGAUUAUCAAAAUCAAUUACAUCCGCAUGCGAGCCGCAAAAUAUAUGCCCGUGGGAGCAGGGGACCUCACCUAUGAAGCAUUCGAGACACUAAAUCGUAUCGAAAAUUUCUCUCCCAAGCAAUGGGCCGAGUCGAAGCCAUUAUCAAAAAGAGAAGGGUGGACGCUUCUUGGAAAGGUGCACCAGGUCACCGUGGCUUUGUACUGCAUCCAUUCGCUACAGAGCGUCUCGGUCCUCCCUCAUAUUCAGCCUUAUAGAGAAAUCUAUGCCUCGCACGGCCAGGGUCUACACACUCUUCUGAAAACAGCAAUGUCAUUACCACCAACAAAGCGAUUCAUGCUUUGGCCGCAGAUAGUCCUCGACGUAGAGGCUGUGAAAGGGGGCGUGGCCAAGCGUUCCUUUGUCCAAUGCCAACUACCAGCGCUGAGCAGACACACUGGCAUGCUUGCACCGUUGACAGCGAAGAGUGUGCUUGAAAAGGUUCUGGGAUUCGAGUAA